ACAGUUGUAUUGUUUGGAUAAUUUCAAUUACCUUCGGUCUUUGUCCAAAUUAUGUUUAUCCCAGUAUGUUUACAUUAACUUAAACUUAAAUUGUUGCACCUGUUUCUCGAUAAUAUCGCAUGCGCUCGCCAGUUUGCACCAGCUGUUGCGCCAGCUGAUCGCCCGCUCAUGCGCUGGCCACACCGCCAGCAUCCAAACAAACAGAGCAGCAGACACCCAGAAAAUCGGACACAUCACCGCGAACGAGAUCUUGCUGACGUGCGACCAGAUGCAGAGCCCUGCCUUCGCGUACCGGGAGCACGCAGAACACUCGCCUCGCGUCAUGUACAUGCGCGACUGGCGAUCUGCCCUGCGGACGCCCACGUACCGGAUUGGAAAUCGGACGGUACGAUUCAACUAUCACUUCGCCCUGCUGAUCGUUUGCGCCUUCGUACUCGUCCUGCUCUUCUACUUUGCGCGCCAGGGAUCGCACUCCUCCUCCGAUGGCUACUGGCUGCGCCGCAGUGUCACGGAUGCCCGGAGUCUGGACAAUGGUGGUGGUGGUGUGGUCCAGGUGUACAAUGCCACAUAUCCGCUAACGCAACCCAUGGUGCUGCGUGGCGGUGUGAUAAACUACCGGAUAGCCAUGAUUGCCGAUUUGGACACCAGUUCCAAGGUGAGCAAGGGCGAUGGGAGCAGCACGUGGCGUAGCUACCUGAAGAAAGGCUACCUUACCUACACGGUGGCCAGGUCAGAGAUCCAGAUUAGCUGGGAUGACGGGGCGCCGACAGUCCUCGAAUCAGCAUUUGCCCUUAAGGGCCGCGGAAUGGAGCUCUCUGAGCUGGUGACCUUCAACGGGCGCCUACUCACCUUCGACGACCGCACGGGGUUGAUAUAUGAGAUUGUGAAUGACAAGCCCAUUCCCUGGGUGAUCCUGCUCGAUGGAGAUGGACACAGUGCCAAGGGCUUCAAGGCCGAAUGGGCCACAGUGAAGGAUCAAACGCUAUAUGUGGGCUCCAUGGGCAAGGAGUGGACGACAAGUGCGGGCGAUUUCGAGAACAACAACCCCAUGUACGUAAAGGCAAUCACUCCGUCCGGUGAGGUGAGGUCGCUCAACUGGGUGGACAACUUCAAGCAGUUGCGCCUGCAGUCGAUGCAAAUAACAUGGCCGGGCUACAUGAUCCACGAGAGUGGAACCUGGUCAGAGGAAAAGCAUCGCUGGUUUUUCCUGCCUAGGCGAUGUUCGAAAGACAAAUACAACGAAACCAAGGAUGAGCACAUGGGCUGCAAUGUCCUGGUCUCCGCCGACGAAAGCUUCACGAACGUUGAGACUGUACGGCUCGAUCCUGAAAAUACAACGCCCACGCACGGCUUCUCUAGCUUUAAGUUCUUGCCCGGCACCGACGACUCAAUAAUCGUGGCUCUUAAGUCGGAGGAGCUGAACGGCAAGACGGCCACCUUCAUCACAGCCUUCGAUAUUACGGGCAAGACGCUGCUGCCCGAGACGCGGAUCGAGACGGACUACAAGUAUGAGGGCUUCGAGUUCAUUUAGCUCGCAAUUCCACGCCACCACACUCCACUCUACUUCGAUCCAGGUGCUUCAGUUUUAAGCGUGUACAUAUUGUAUUAUUGUCCCAUACGGUAAGCUUUAUAUUUAUAGUCACCUAGGUUAGACCAGAGAUGCUCAUCUGCCUCAUGAACCGUGACUCCUUGUCCCGUCUUGUACCAUAGCACAAAUCAAAUUUUAGUUUAUUUUUAUUGAAAUUGAAAUAUAAAACGUACAAAGCCGGUGGCAAACUCAGAAAA